CAAGCCAAACACGCGCCUGUUCAACACCAACUUCUUCCAACUAGCAACAACAUCAGCUUCUUCCACUGCCGGCGACGAGAUCGAUCGACAAUGAGCAGGAUACUGGUGAUCGGCGCGACGGGGAACAUCGGGCAGCACCUUGUGACGGCGAGCCUUAACGCUGGCCACCGGACUGCCGUGCUCGUCCGCCCGGCCACCGUCGCAUCCGACUCCGACAAGGCGAAGCUCUUGAACUCGCUCGAGGCCCGCGGAGUCACUGUUGUCUACGGGGACAUGAACGACCACGGGAGCUUGGUGGGGGCGAUCAAGCAGCAUGGGGAGGUCGUAAUCUCCGCCGUCGGACACGGCAGGCCGGAGGAGCUGGACGGCCAGAUCAAGAUCAUCGAAGCGAUAAAGGAGGCUGGGCAUGUGAAGCGUUUUGUGCCAUCUGAAUUCGGCUGUGACGUGGAGCAUCAUGCCGAACACACUCUCGAGCCGGCAAAGAGCAUGAUAGUAGAAUCCAAGCUUCGAGUUCGGCGAGCCCUCAGAGACGCAGGGAUUCCUCACACCAUCAUCUGCAGCUACUGGGCCAUUGGCUUGCUGUUUUCUACACUCGGCAACUCCGGAGAAAAUGGCCCUCUGUCGACAGGGGUGGACAUCUUUGGUGAUAAAAAAUCACGAGCCAUCUUUGUAGACGAGAAGGAUAUGAGCAAGCUGACCAUAAGAGCCGUGGAGGACCCACGAACGCUUGACAAGAUCCUGCACGUGCGCCCUCCCGCCAACAUGCGCUCCUUCGGCCAGCUCCUCCAUCUCCUGGAGAAAAAAACCGGCAGGACGUUCGAGAGGCACUACGUCACGGAACAGGAGCUCGCCAAGAAAAUCCAAGAGGCUCCGUUCCCUCUCAACUUUCAGCUGGCGAUGGUGCACUCGACGCUGGUGCACGGCGGGGCGUGUGAGCGUGCCGUCGACCCGGAAGUCGAAGUGGAGGCGACGCGGCUGUACCCGGACGUACAGUUCGCCACGGUGGAGGAGUGCCUGGAUGGCCUUCUUCUCUGACUCUGAAUGACACUGAAAGGGGCGGUGUCCGAGCUGUGCUGUUACAUCGUCCGUCAUCGAAUCGCCGGCUUAUGUGGUUUCAUUUCGUCCGAGUUAGAUUAUCAUGUGAUGUAUCAAAAAGGAUCCCUAGAACCUUGUUGUGGGGGCAGUCCUCCGGCGACACACGCCGAACCAGCCCUUCGACGACGAACGCCGAGCUCACGCCAUGGACACAGAGACAACAUACAUGAGUGAACAUGGACCCUUGCGGCGCCGAACGCCCCGGCCGCCGAACGACCUGUAUUGUUGGCUUUUAUUUCAGUUGGCUCGGUGGCACAUACCACACCGACACAAUGAUCAAUACACAGAGGAGGAUUUA